CAGCUAUGUAUAAAAUGUAAAGGAUAGAAUGCAAGCUGAGAAUAUGACUGGUUUUCUUUUUAUCAUUGUGCUUCAUCUAGCUUCAGGAAUAUCUGGAUUGGGGGAUUUUCCACAUCUUCAAAUUCUUCCAUCAGGAGUUCAGGAUAUCAGACGAGGAAGAAACCUUGUGUUGACCUGCAGAGCUGCUGCAGUAAAUCUAGAGCUAGUCAGGGAUCUAAGAUGGUACAGUCCUAACGGAAACCUUAUACCCCAGGAUGAGAGCCUUUAUGAUUAUCAUUUAAGAAUUUACAGUGAGGAGCAGCCUGGAGAAGCUUCCACUGCCUUGUUUAUUAAACAUAUAGAAGCUGAUGAUGGCGGAGUGUACAGCUGUAAAGCUACAUAUGCUGCUAAUCAACAGAUAACAGCUGAAGUCAAGAUCUCAGUCUACGGUAGGCAUAAAGCAUAUAUUUUCCUCUCACAAAAUGUACUUAGUAUCCCACAAAACAUGACGGCUUAA